GUUAGCAUCAGCAACGGGGAAGCGGCUGCGAUUAGACGCGAUCGGAAUCCUCGAACCCGCGGAACAGAUUCGAGCGGGUGAACCGAAACAGCUGCGUAUUGACAACCGCAUUAACUUAAAUAUCAGCGACAACUGGCGAAAAUCGAGCUCGGAAUUCUCCACCAGAGUAUUAUUGUGAACGCUUCUUCAAAAACACAUGAUGACGCAUUCAUCUAAAAGCUCAAGCAGCCGGAGAAAACAAUCGUCGUCUACAACAACCAGCCGGGCGACGAUCUCGACGACGUCCGCGACGCAAACUCGAAGGAAGAGAAGGGCUCGGGAGCGGUCGAGGUCCCGCGCCAAUGAGAAACCCGCAAAGGAUGGAAGGUCACGUUCGCCGAAAGGCAGCAGCACCAAGACCCCGAUACAGGACGACUCCGAGGGACAUCUAGUCUACAAGAUCGGCGACGUGAUCAAGGGUCGGUACACAAUCAUAGCGACGCUCGGCGAAGGCACAUUCGGUAAGGUUGUCCAGGUAGUCGACGAGCAAACAAAAGAGAAGCUCGCCUUGAAAAUCAUCAAGAACGUGGACAAGUACAGAGAGUCGGCCAAGCUGGAGAUCAACGUCCUGGAAACGCUCAACCGGCAGGAGGAUGCAACCGGUCAUAAACUCUGCGUCCGGAUGCUGAAUUGGUUCAAUUAUCACGGUCAUAUGUGCAUAGCGUUUGAGAUGCUCGGCCUGUCGGUUUUCGAUUUCCUCAAGGAUAACGAAUACCAGCCGUAUCCUAUCGAUCAGGUGCGACAUAUAGGAUAUCAGCUGAUCUGCUCGGUGUAUUAUCUGCACAAGAACAACCUCACCCACACCGAUCUGAAACCAGAGAAUAUCCUUUUUGUUCGAUCCGAUUUCGAUGUCCAAUUCAACGAUCGCAAGAAACGCGAGGUUCGCAAGGUGAAAGAUACGACGAUUAAAUUGAUCGAUUUCGGCUCCGCAACGUUCGACCACGAAUACCACUCGACAAUCGUGUCCACGAGACAUUAUCGUGCGCCGGAAGUUAUCCUCGAACUCGGUUGGAAUCAGUCGUGCGACAUCUGGAGUAUUGGCUGUAUUCUGUUCGAGCUGUAUUUGGGCAUCACCUUGUUCCAAACUCACGACAACCGGGAGCAUCUCGCCAUGAUGGAACGAAUUCUCGGUCCCAUCCCGCCCAAGAUGUCCAAGCGCACGAAAACGCGAUACUUCUACAAUGGACGUUUAGACUGGGACGAAAGGUCGUCUGCGGGUCGCUACGUGCGUGACCACUGUAAGCCGCUCGAACGGUAUAUAUCGAACGGCGACGACAACGUCCGUGAUCUUUUUGAUCUCAUCCGGAAAAUGCUAGCCUACGAUCCGAAGGAGCGUUUGUCUCUCCGGAAAGCGCUCGACCACCCGUUCUUCGAUAAGUUGGACAACCGACAGAAAAUCUCCCUCAAACGUACUCCGCUCGACGUGGAUCUGGAAGCGGAUGAUAGCAGGAGCUCCUCGACGGGCCCGAAACGAGCCAAAAGAAGUAUAUCGAGAUAGCUGAUUGAGUCAUCCGUAGAGUAUUUGUGGCCUUUCUCCUACUUGCCUCUAUUCGUAUGCGGACCCAGUCGGUGGGAUCGCCUAGCUCUGCGGUGACGUGCCCCGGAAAGCUGUCGAUAGAAGGAAGAGACUUCUCCGCGUCAGCGGGUUGAAGAUAAUUUUCUUCAAAUCCUCGUCAAGAUUAUCUGGCUUCUGUGGGCCCUUGAGCAGAAUCGGUCCAAGAGGAACGACCCUCUAUCGGAUAGGCAUCAGUCAUCAUCAUUGCUCCGAUAGCCUUCCAUGUAUUCAUGUAUCGUCGAUUGUAAGAUCGGUGUCGAUUGUUAGGCUUAAUUUACGAAGACAACGGUCUUGUUCAUUGCUGCCACCAUCGGAUCUGUCGACGAAUGGAGGGCAGUACUUCUUGUGAAGUUAGUUGACUAGAGAGUCUCUCUGUGGAAUGUUUCCCUAACGGAACGUCGUCAACUUGGCUACAGAUGUGUGAGGAACUCGUACGGAUGCGUGAAACGAAUGUCGAAUGGGGCAUAUGAAUUGAUAAUGUCUGGUCGAUUCGCUGUGAAACUUUGUGACGGCUGGCUACAGGACUGAUUCCGUUUUCAGAGAAGACGAGCGCCGGCGGGUCCACCGUCGCCAAAACCGAAGACCCGUCACUCGAAAGCAAGCAGCUAAAACUCUAGCGGCUGAUAGCUCCCCACAUCAGAACCAUUCUUGUAGAAACACAGGUUUAGGUAUUUUUCGAACACUCUAGGUAGGAGGUCAGGUGCGGGGAAAUCGAGAAAGAGGGAACUACGGUUUGUUCUAAUUGAAUUUCUCGCCGAUCAGCGUCCGUUGGGUGGGCGAUGAAUUGUUUUGCGCGCAGAGCCACGAGUACGAGGGACGAUUCGGAAUUUUUAUCGAAUCGAUUGGACAUUUGCUCAGAAACUUCGAGGAAGGCGAACUAUAGUCGGAGUGAAGUUACAACGGGGCCGAUAGAGCCUAGUUGUGACUUGAAUGUUUGUGUGAAAAGAGAUGAUGAGACCGCUUCGUGAGCGGAUGCUGAGCACAUUGUACCAUACCGCGGCGGAGUUAUACCAUAUUGAAAUGCGACCAGAACUUGUCUACGUAGCUAUAAAUUUCGCUCAGAUGAAGUUUAUCGUAGGUAA